UUCCUCAAGCCCAACUUCCUUCGCAUUUCCUUAUUCAAUACAAUCUUAAAAACACCCCCUCAUCUCUCUGGUCAGAGAGAGAAAAAAACAUAAGGAUGAGAACUGGUGCACCUUUCAACGCAACAGCAGCGUCGCCGGCCACGGUGCAGCGCUCGCCGUGGCAUUCUCCCGUGCCGUACCUCUUCGGAGGCUUGGCGGCUAUGCUGGGUCUGAUUGCUUUUGCGCUCUUGAUCCUUGCUUGCUCUUACUGGAGGUUUUCUAAUGGGCAUUUGGACAACGGCGAAAGUGGUGGGGAAAGGGACUUGGAGAGCGGGGACGAUGGCAAGGGCGGAGACUCCCGGAAGGUGGGGCCGGUGGUGUAUGAGGAGAAGAUUGUGGUGAUAAUGGCCGGAGAUGAGAAGCCGAGGUUCUUAGCCACACCCAUGUCGAGUAGAGCUUCUUCUUUUGGAGAUAACAAUGGGAAGAGCGAUGGUGAGGAGAAGAAGGAGCAAGACAAAGCAGAGAAGAGCGGUGAGAAGUUGAAAGAAGACAUGAAUCACUAUGAACAAACAACAACAAGCCAUAACGGGGAAACUCAACACACCCAUGAAGCCCAAGAGCAAAACCAGUGAGCUCUUAGUUCCUGUUCUCGUUGUCCUCUUUGCAGGAAGAUUUUUCCAGUCUUCUUCUUUUGUUGGUGUCUUCUUUUCUUUUCCCUUUUGAUUUUUUUUUCCUCUUUUUGGUCCGGGAAAUGUAAAUUCUACAUGAGAUCAAAUAGAAGAGACAACAGAGCUUCUCUUUUUUCCAAUCA